GAGGAGGAGGAGAGAAGGAGGAGGAGGAGGAGGUGAAACUGGGCCCGUGCCCGCGCCCGCCUCGCCGCGGCGCCGCGCCUCCAACCCCCUCCCCGGGUGGCGGCCGCGCCGGGCCGCUAGUACGGCCGGUACCUGCGUACUGGUCGGGGGCGACGGCGGCGGCGGCGUAGGCGCCAGCGGGCGGCGCGGCAGCCUCGGCGGGCGGCGGCUGCUGCCCGUAGGCGCCAGGCGGGGGCCCCGAGGGGAUGGGCCGACCUGUGGGGCGUCCGUGGCCCCCGCCGGCGGGGGCAGCGCGGCCGGCGGCUCGCCGCCGGGCGGGGGGUAG